AGGCGAAUAACCAGUUGUAGUUAAGACAGUGCUGGUGUACGUGUAGUAGAGGUUUUAUCUGGGUGAGUUGCGAAUCAAUAAAGCGCAUAGCAUUUCCUUUUUACGUAUCGUUUUUUCACAAGUCGCAUUUUUUAUUUUUUAGGCAGUACAAUAAAUUCCAAGGAAAUGGGAGCAGAUCCGGUGAACGACUUCGUCGCUGCGAACAGCGAAUGCUUCGAGUUUGUCCGGGAUGGCGCGAAGGUAAAAUCAUUUUGCACAACGCGACACGAGGACGCAACUGCACUUUAUUUUUGCAAAAUGACAAAGAACUACGGGGCGCCAGCAUAAUGAUCUCAGGCGACUUGAAAAUGCUGGCAACUGCCAUUCAUACGUAUACUAGGACAUUUUAUAACCAAGGGAGUCAAACUUGAAAGGGAGCCAAGGGAGUGAAGGGGGUAAGAUAAUUUUCCUUCAUUUUGCCCCUUCUAAAAUUACAUGCAAAAUGCACGCUAUGGCCGCGUUUCUGGGUGGCCGUUUUGGAACCUGCUCCCCCCCCCCUCCGGCGCGGCCCCACUUUUGUUCCUUUUGGGCAAGGGCUGCCGGAAGGCUCGGCAUGUUGAAGAGGGUGAGGGCUUCGAGGGUUGUGGGGGCCACCGACAGGUGGCAUCUAGGGGGCUAAAAAUUCCUGCAUGCGUGUCCCCCACGCGGGCUUUUCAAUUUUCCCUCGAUGAGGGAGGGUUCAAGUGGGCACUUCGAAUUUCCUUCGAUGAAGGAAAGUUGAGAUGGUCAUUUCAAUUUUCCUUCGAUGAGGGAAAGUUGAAGCGGCCACUUCGAAUUUCCUUCGAUGAGGGAAAGUUAAAGUGGGCGCUUCAAGUUUCCUUCGAUGGGGGAAAGUUACAGUGGGCAUUUCAAAUUUCCUUCGAUGGGGGAGAGUUGAAGCGGUCGUUUCAAUUUUCCUUCGAUGCGGGAAAGUUGAAAUGGCCACUCCAAAUUUCCUUCGAUGAGGGAAAGUCGAAGUGGUUAUUUCAAUUCCCCGUCGAUGAGGGAAAGUUGCAGGGGUCGUGUCAGUUUUCCUUCGAUGAGGGAAAGUUGAAGUGGCCAUCUCAAAUUUCCUUCGAUGGGGGAGAGUUGAAGUGGUUACUUCGAUUUUCCUUCGAUGAGGGAAGGCUUAAGUGGCCACUUCAAAUUUUCUUCGAUGAGUCAACGGGCUUGCGGUGGUGCUCGUUUGCCUUCGAAUCGAUGCAACGCCAUUGGCUGCGUAUGGGGUGAGUGAAUGCGCGCGCGCAGCGCGCGCGAUUUUUUUUUCGUUCUACGGCCUGCCACAGCUUGGUGCUCUGUGUCUUGGUUGAAUGAACUAACUUUGCGCGCUUUUUGAACUUACUCCCUUGGCUCCCUUCCAAAUUGGCAUUGUACUCCCUUGGCUGGCGCCAGACACUAAUAAACCUAGUAUACAUACUCAUACAUUAUUUUAACUAAACUGCAAACUACAGGUCCGCUGCACCCUGACCGGGCAGGACUUUCCACCGCGCAUGGAACUUCUCGAGGAGUAUUGCAAGAGCAAAUCCUACAACCGAGCGCUGAAAGCGAAGAACGGCGGUAAGGAACAUCAAAACAAGGAUACCAGCACGGCGAAAUCGAAGGACACCACGACAGCAACAUCCUCUACCUCUGGUGAUCUCAACUCGCAGCGCAAACUGGAUUUGAGCUUCGACUACAAGAAGUAUGAGCCGCACAUCACCGCGCACAAGAAGGACAAGACGAAGCUGUUCUGCAAUUUGACGGCCUCGGUGCUGAACAAGAUCCCGAUUGAGGUCGAGAAGCAUGUCAACGGGAAGAGGUUCAAGCGGGCGAAGAAGGAGUUUGAAGAAAUGCUGGAAAACGAUGUGGAAGUCACUGAGGAGGAGGAAGAGGACGAGGAGGAAAGCAGUGGUAUUUUAUAUUCGAUUUAUUUGUGAUUCUGAUUUUAGUGCUAUUUUUACUUCUGCUUCUACGCUCAUUCCCGCGCUGUUGUGCGCUGGUUUGUUUUUUCUUUUUAUAUUUAAGAUGCCAUUUUCGCACGUGAAAAAAGAAAUUCCAAACCACAGACUGCUUCGCCGAGGUUAAUACAACCGAGCCCGCGGCAAAGCGACAGAAGGUCGAUCCGGCUACUGCGAACAAGAAGGAGACCUUACUUCCUCCACUGGAUGACGAGGCGGAUGAUGAGAAAAGAGCCGCAAAACCAGCGGAGGAAGCGUCUCCGUCUACUGCCGCAGAGGAGGAAAAGCCAAAGACAGCCGCAGUAGAGAAAAAGGACAGCGCAAAGAAGCCAACUAGUAAUAAACAGGAGCAGGCUAAUCUUAACAGCAGCAAAUUGAACAAGAAGCAGAAGGCAAAACUCGCUGCAGCGGAGACCGCCGAGGAGAAGGAGAAACGCGAGCAAAAGGAGGCCAUCGACAAAGCCAACGCACCGGGGAAAAAGGAAAAAUCUUGCCGACAGAAGCGAAAAAUCAACUCCAAAACGCGUAGAAAGAAACAGGGAAAGCCCGCACCGGCGAAGGCAACUGCCUGAUGAGCGAGCUUUCUGACGCAAUUGUCGUGCUCUAGCUGCAUCAUGAUCAGCAUGUGCAAGUACAAUCACAGGCAUCAUCCUGAUGAAGAUGAAAGCGAGACGUGAAUUGUCCAUGAAAUUUGAACGUGCAGCAUGAAAUAUCUGAAUGACCAUCGCGAAGAUUCUCUUGUCCUUGUGUCUUCUCUGUCAGCCAGUAC